AUGCACGAUCCGAGAAGUCAAAUAUUCCCAACCUCGACUCGUGUUCUAAUCGAAUCCCGUGUUAUUCCGGUGACCCGUAAGUGGGAAACGACUUCCGGAAGAGUCAUCGUUUUUCCUUCUUCCGUUCCCACCACGGUACUACCAAUUCGUGCCACCGAUGGAUCGACCGACCGACCGACCGAACCUCAAGUAUGCCAAACUUCGACAACGAGAACGGUACCGUACGGCAGUCGACCUCACGAUAGUUUCUGUGUUCCUUCGUUCGUUGGUUCUUGCCUUCUUUCUUUCCUCCGUCCGAUUUUCGACAAAAUACUUUACGACGUAUCGGUCGCUAAUCGUCGAAUUUCUCCAGGCUCCCUUUUGUUCGCUCUAUAUGCCCACGACUCCGCUACCCCUUCCGUAACACGGAUGAAGCGUUCUCUCCACCGACGCCGCGUCACUCGUCUGGCACUCUUCGUUGUGGGGACGAGUUUGUCGGGGACGACGAGGAGUCGUCCCUCCGAUGGUCGCGUCUUGGUCGCGGCGUGGCUUACGGUCCCACCACCACCCCUCUUUUCCGGGCGUUCCGACGCACCCUGCGUCGUACCCAAGGGCAAUGGCCGUUUGCGGACCCGCACGUGGCGAUUGGAAGGAUCUUUGACCGUUGAUCCGUACGAACGGGAUCAACGAAUCCGUGAGGAUAUGGAAUUGGCAUCACACGACGAUCGUGACAAGAUGGAAUACGGACACGACGUGAUUCGGGGUUCCAUCAACGUGACGAAUAUCGCCGUAACGGAUGCGUACGCCUCGAUGGAUCCGUCCGAUCGCAACGGCGAACACGAGCCAACCUCCUCCUGGGGUGCGUCCCAGCCACGAUCCCUCCCCUGGUGGCGAUGGUGGCAACGAUCCGAAUCACUCGAGCCGCCGGAUGGAGAAGAGGUCACUACCGCGCCUUUUAGCAAAUUAGACGCGAACGCCACUGAACCAUCCACACACUUCCCGGACUCUGCGUCGGUCCGUUCCGCUUGGCGUCGGCGCAAUGCCCGUAGUGCCGAAGAAGGAAUUCGUCGGGAAAAGACAACGCAGCUAUCGUCGUUACUCGCCAAGGCCGGCUCGAUCGACCCGACUAUUCAACAAGGUCGACGAUACGCCGCCCGUACCAUUACUGGUCUCAUCAACGCGCUCGCGGAAGAAGUGGCCGAUCUCAACGUUGAAGUGGACGCCCGACGGAGUACGCCGCUCUGGGGCAAACACGUGGACGCCGUCAAGAUUAAAUUCAGUCGACUCGGUUUCAAACCCUUGCGCAUGGGUGGGUUGGACGAUACCCUGCGACUGUACGACGAGACCUUUCCCCACACGGCCGUGAAUUCCUUCACCCGACCACUCUCCGACGUGCCGUCGGCAGACGAAGCCUUUGCACAAAUCGAUAUCGACAACAGUGGAGCCUUGGAUCCGGACGAGAUUGCGCGAGCGCUUAAUCUAGCUGCGAAUUCGGCUUCGGACGACGCGACAGCCGAAGAUCCCAACAGUUUAGCGUUGUUGAAGGAUUUGGCGACGGAUUUGGUACAACUUUACGAUUUUGACGGGGACGGCGCCGUCGAUCGCACUGAGUAUCAGCGAAUGGUGGAAGACAUGGCGGCUCUGCGGGCAGCGCAAAAAGCGCGACAAGCAGAGGCUACCGAAAAGGAAAGUCACGGGUGGCUCGCACCGGUCAAACAUUUUUUCGGAGGGCUCUUGAGUGGCAGUGCCGAUGAGAAGGAUGCCGAAGACGGAUUCUUGACGGAUCCCGCUCGCUCGACAGCGAGCCCGAUGUUCCGAGCGUCCAGUGGAGAUUUGGAAGUAGCUGAACCCAUUGCCGAUAGUGACGCCGAUGGUAAAGCAAUCCAAAAGACACGAGAUAUUGUGAAUCUUUCGGACUCUCCCGGAAUGGUGGAUUCGAUGGCGAAAACCCUGGGCUCCAUCACUUUGUCGGAUCUGAAAUUGGAUCUGCGGCGCUUGGUUUUUGGGGCCAUUCCUGUAUUGAAGCAUAUCACUCCCGGUGGUCCCUUGAUUCUUGAACCUUUCACUGCUACCGUCAAUGGCUCCUUCAACCGAGAGGAUAUCAUGAGUUCGUUUCUGCUGGAUGCUGGCCUUCGUCGUCUCGUAGCUCGGGUUUUGCGUAUACGCGUCCGAUCCGUUCGAGACCUUAUGGAUGGCGCCGUAUUCGUAGGUCGAUCCUGGAACGACAAAUCUCCGACAGCCCCGCGAGUGGAGGUGCCGGAAUUGACCAACAUAGAAUUUGACAAACAAAAUCGACUCAUCAUUACCGGAAGGGCUCGCGUUUGCACGAAUCCCGGUGCACCGAAGAUCAAUCAAGCCUUCAAAGUCCGUACCAAAAUUGGCGCAGGGCAGGAUGGGCGCUUUAUUCGACUCGUCGAGCCAGAAUUGGCGUUCGUUUUGGAAUGUCCAACCUCAUGGGAGAAAAGCAUUGGCAUGAUCUGCGAAACGCUCAACAUCAAAGUGCCGGCUCGCCCCAGGCCUUUGUAUUCGUUUUUUCCUAUAUACUCACCUUUCAAGUUGGAGGAUAACGAUGGUUUCGAUCUGGGUGAAGACAAUCACAUAAAAUCAAUCUACGUACAGGACGGUGCUUUACAAUUUGAAAUGAGUGCGGUCCUAAGGCCAGGCAGGUUCCUGGGGAACCACUACCUAGCCUUCACUAUACCCAAUCGAACUUUUAUUAUCACACUGGAACGGGUCAAGGAAGGUAUCCGAGCUGCUCGCAAAAUUAAGCAAGAAGGUAAAGCUUUGGACACGACCGCGAAGCUGCAAGCGUCGACCCGGUUAAGGAACGGUAUCCAAGCACCGGUCACAGCGAAAGCGCCGUUUGUUGAAACACCGUCCAUUCAACGAACGCAGCCAAAGAGUUUUUUCAGUCGUUUCGUCGAUGGAUACUUGCAAUCUGAACGGGAUGAGGCAAAGCAAGAACGGGCCGUCACAGCUAUCCGUGACUUCUUUGGUCGACAAAUAGUGAAAGAUUCUGAUGGUGAGAGCUAA